AUGGCGGCCGGUUUCGGCAAUCAAGCUAAUGCUUUACUCAGAAAGAACUUAACUUUCCAGAAACGAAAUGUGAAGGCGAAUAUUCGACUUGUUGCCUUUCUAUUGUCCUCUGCUAUUAAUUUUGGCCAUCCAAAUUUUCUUGAUAAGGUAGUAAGCAAUAACGAUGACAAUAAGUGUGGUUGUAUUUGUGUCAGAAGAAUGGAGAUGAAUGUGAAGAGAAAGAUGUGGGAUAGAGCACUCAAAUUUGAAUCAAGCAGUUUUUGUCGCAUUCCUAAUCCUCCAGAAUGGCCACCAUUAUUACAGAUACCAGCACCUGAAUACGUGCCGAUAAGAUGUCUGCAAGGUUUAAAUCUGUGGCGCACUAGCUCUUCAGAGAUAAAUGAUGAGAUAUAUAAAGGUUAUAUUGAAAGGGAACUCGGAAGAAAGAUUAAUGAGAUAAUUGCAGCCUAUGAUUUCUUAAACUCUGACCUGAAUAAAUUUAACAUGAGCAUCUGGUACAAUUCGACAUGGAAUUCUCCUAGUAGAUUGGUGCGGGUACCACGCUUGGUUAAUCUGGUGGUCUUGACAGCUUUGGUAUAUGAGAAACAGCAGAAACUGAGAAUUAUGAUGAAAAUGCAUGGACUGGGUGAUGGACCUUAUUGGAUGAUUUCAUAUGCUUAUUUUUUUGCCAUAUCUGCAGCGUACAUGCUAUGUUUUGUGAUAUUUGGCUCAGUCAUAGGUUUGAGAUUCUUCACACUCAAUUCAUACAGCAUCCAUUUUGUGUUUUAUUUUAUCUACAUAAACCUGCAAAUUUCUCUGGCCUUUCUAUUAGCUGUGCUGUUCUCAAAUGUGAAGACCGCUGCAGUUGUCGGAUACAUAUGCAUUUUUGGAACUGGCCUCUUGGGUUCCUUUCUUUUUCAGGUCUUUGUUCAAGAUCAAUCAUUUCCAAGAGGCUGGAUCAUUGUAAUGGAGUUAUAUCCUGGCUUUUCUCUUUAUCGUGGGUUAUAUGAAUUCGGACAAUAUUCCUUCAGGGGUCACAACAUGGGGAUUGAUGGUAUGAGGUGGGCAGAUUUGGCUGACAGUAGAAAUGGGAUGAGAGAGAUCUUGAUUAUCAUGUUGAUUGAGUGGUUGUUGGUGCUUGCUAUAGCUUAUUAUAUAGAUAAAAUUGUGUUAUCUGGAAGUGCGAAAGGUCCUAUGUUUUUCUUGCAAAACUUUAAGAAGAAACCUCAUUCAUCUACUCAGAGGCCUAUUUUGGGAAGGCAGGGAUCUAAAGUCUUAGUUGAAAUAGACAAACCUGAUGUCGUUCAGGAGAGAGAGAAGGUUGAGCAGUUGCUGCUUGAACCAAGCACAAGUUAUGCAGUCAUCGUUGAUAACCUUAGAAAGAUAUAUCCUGGAAGGGAUGGUAAUCCUGAAAAAUUGGCUGUAAAAGGGCUAUCUCUUGCUUUACCUUCAGGGGAGUGUUUUGGCAUGCUUGGUCCUAAUGGCGCUGGCAAAACCUCUUUUAUUGGUAUGAUGAUUGGGAUCACAAAGCCAACCUCUGGAGCAGCAUUUGUUCAGGGUUUUGACAUACGGACUGAAAUGGAUACAAUAUAUACCAGCAUUGGUGUAUGCACUCAGGAAGACCUGCUGUGGGAAAACCUAACAGGAAGAGAGCACUUACUAUUUUACGGCAGACUUAAGAACCUCGAAGGUUCUGCCUUGAAACAAGCAGUAGAAGAAUCCCUCAAGAGUGUCAACCUGUUUCAUGGAGGGGUUGCCGACCAAAAAGCUGGGAAAUACAGUGGAGGUAUGAAGAGGAGGCUGAGUGUAGCCAUUUCACUGAUAGGGGAUCCCAAAGUUGUUUAUAUGGAUGAGCCUAGUACCGGAUUGGAUCCAGCUUCAAGGAAUAAUUUAUGGACUGUUGUGAAGCGUGCAAAACAAGGCCGCGCAAUUAUUCUCACCACCCAUUCUAUGGAGGAGGCAGAGGCCCUAUGUGACCGAUUAGGAAUUUUUGUAGAUGGCAGCUUGCAAUGCAUUGGAAACCCAAAAGAGUUAAGGGCUAGAUAUGGAGGAUCAUAUGUGUUCACAAUGACAACAUCUGCGGAUCAUGAGGCAGAAGUGGAGAGUAUGAUAAAACAUCUCUCCCCAAGCGCUACUAAGAUAUACCAAAUAUCUGGAACCCAAAAAUUUGAGCUUCCGAAACAUGAAGUUUGGAUUGCAGAUGUAUUCCAAGCUGUUGAGGAUGCCAAGCGCAGGUUCACAGUUUUUGCUUGGGGUUUGGCUGAUACCACUCUGGAGGAUGUCUUCAUCAAGGUUGCACGUAGCGCCCAGGCGUUUAACAAUCUGCCAUGAUUUGUCACAUAAUAUUAGAUUAUUCUUGAACUGCUUCUAUAGUGUGGAUCGUAUAUCCGAUUUUUGGGAUUGACA